AUGAAUUCCCACGACCCCAAGACCACGAUAUUCACCAACGGUCAUCACAAGCCUGUCCACAAGUUCAACGAUGCUCACAACCAGCUCGGAGCACCGUAUAAGAUUCCGUCGCGCUCCAACUCACUUCAUGGGCAUAGGGAGAUCGCCCAACGUUCCACCGACAGCCUUCCGCUGACCAAGUUUGCCAAACCGUUCCACGAAUCUCCCCUACAUAACUCGAUAUCUGAGGCUAUGCAAAUUGUGGAACGAAGAGUCAAGUCGGAGCAUAAUUCGCCCGUGCUUGGGCCGACAAGGAUGGCAGGGCCAUCGUCGAUACAGGAUUUCAAGAUACCCAAUUUUGAUCCCCGGGCAUAUGCAUACUCUCCAUUUGGCACGGAUACUCCACCAACCCAGCCGAACAGCCUACCAAACAGCCAAAACCCAAGCUUACAAGAUCUGACACUCCCAGAACGUUUUCCGGAGAACUGGUUCAUGACGUUUGAACAAGCCCAUGACUACGAGCCUCCACCGUGGGCGAGGUUAACGGAGGGGUCUUCAACAGACUGGAACAACAUCAACCUAGACGGCACUAAUAGUCUCUACAGUCUGAAAAAUGAAAAUUCGCCAUAUAUGUUGUCUCAGCAAGUUGCUUUCCAGGCCUCUGAGUUGACGAGCCAAAUAAACAGAGUGGGCAUCACGUCCUCGAGCGAAGAGCCUUCCGAGGUCGAGGAUCAGUCUCCUCCGUCUGUUGCCAAUCCCUGGGGUGCCGAUCGAGCCGUGGGAACUGAUCGGCAGACUGGUUUGGAUGCUUUCAAUGAUUACAGCAGUGUGGGUGGAGACGAUGCCUCUGAUCGGUUUCGGCUGAGUUCAGCCUCGUCUUAUUUUGGGACUCCUCAAGCGAACAUGCUGGCAAAUGAAAACAUCGGGAGUCUUGAUAUCGACGAUUAUUUGAAGCAGGCCGAGGCGGAGACAAAAAGAAUGCAAUUACAACAUCAGUUGGCGCAGAUGCAGAUGAACCCACAAGACUCCCAAACUCCGUCUCGAUUAUCGAGUGUCAGUCGGGGUAUGACGCCCAGUAUCUCUACACCGGGAAGCACUGGGAAUGUGGAGCAUCCGUACACCAUCAGUGAAGCCCAGAGAUAUGCGCAUCCUGAUGGAGGAUCGAAUCUGUCGGUGGACCAUCCUAGAGCUGCGAUACCACCCUCGUAUAUGGCAGAUGAUCCGGCGUGGUCGGUCGCGCCUGACAUGACCAAUCCGGAAUUGAGUCUGAACGAUGAACGAGAAGAUGAGGACUGGGUUCGGUAG